CAUAUUGAUUUUAUUUCGCCGAACGAAUCGAAUUCGACCGCUAGUUGGUAUUUAGCGACGAAAUUUUUCCCGGUGCGUGCAUGAUGGAGGGCGGCGGUACGCCUUAUGCGAGCGGUAUGGCCCCCUCUGGGUCCUACAUCUUAGUGAUAGUGAGCGAACCAGUUAAUGAUCAACACAAAGAAGUGAUACUGGAGAGAUUAAAUAAAGGUCUCCUUUCCUGGGACGUUGAGUCCACUGGCUGUGAUUUAUCUGGAUUAGAAUCCGUGUGUUCAAGCAUCAACAGCAAAACUUUGAGUGAUAAUGAUGUUUUAAUACAGUACUCGACCGAGAGCUUAGGAGUAGAAGUUCUAGUGAAUCCAACUGUGAGCACGUUCAAGCAGUGUGUCAAGAACCUCUUCUCCACUUCCACGGGUCACAAGCAUCUCAUCCAUGCCGGAUACACAUUUUCAGGCUCUGGAUCUUGGAUGCUGCAAAAUGGUACAUUUUCCUUUGAUGAGUUCCUCGAGAUAUUUCAGCAGGCCGAUGUUCAAAGCCAGAAGCGCUGCAAUAUCAAUGUUCACUGCGCUGAAGUGGGAAUGUGGAAUGCAUCUAACUUUGCCAAAGACAUCUUCACUAAAAUUGCCAACAUUGCCCUUAAUCCUCCCGGCAAAGUGGAUAAAGUGCCUGGAUCAGAACACUUGAUGAAUGCUUUGGACAGAGUACUUAGUUCUCAAGCCUUAGAGGAAAUGAUGGAAGCUUCACCUUUAGUUGGCAACAUUCGCUUUAACAGGCCAACGCUUUAUUUGUUUCCAGCUGGUCAAGGAGAUUGUGCCUUGUUUGGAAUUAAUGGAUUCAACAUGCUUAUUGAUGGCGGGUUCAACAGAAGGCCUUGCUCCUGGGAAUUUAUUAGGCAUCUUGACCGAUUGGACGCUGUGCUGGUCACCAGACUCUGUGAAAACAAUCUCUGUGGUAUGAAUACUUUGAUGAAACGUAAAGCUCUUAACAACACGUACCCUCAAAUAGGAUAUGUGUUCUGCAAUAUUGCAGAAAACAAAACCCCAUCCACCAAGGAGGAAAACUUACUACCGCAAGAUGACUUGACCGUGAGUGUUGUACGUGAAGGUCACAACUUUGUGCAGACUCUUAAUGAUUUGAAAUUAAAGCCACAUCAGUGCUGGAGAGAUUCAGCCGUAGAACCGUUUGUUCUCUACCACAAAGUUGGUCAUGGAACACUAGAAAUGCACGUUUUAAGUCCCCCUAGGGAUAGUAAAGAAAUGAAGGAAUUCUUAACAGAAUGGAAUGCAUAUAAAGAAACCUUUUCCUGCAUUAAAUCUGGGUUGAGAGGGAAAGGUUUUGAAAGCUCUAUUCCACUGUCGCAUUCUACUUCUAUUUGUGCUCUGCUAGUUUGGCGCCCGGCAGAUCCCAAAGAUACCAUCAGCAGAAUUCUAUUUCCUGGUAGCGCUCCUCAAAACAAAAUAUUUGAAAGUUUGGAGAAAUUAAAAACUCUUGAUAUCCUGAAUCAACCGGUUGUGACCAAAGCAUCCCUGACUACUAUAUUAGUUGCAAAACCAAUCAGUCAUAAAGUUGAGAAAUCUGUCAGCCGAGCAAGUAUUCCCAAUCGUAAAAAUACAGCUUCUCCUGCAUUGUCAACAUCAAGCGUCGCGUCACGGAAUGGUGACAUUGGUGGUAUCAAAAAAGAAAAUAAGGAAAUCAAGAAAGUAGUAAAAGAAGUAAAGAAAGAAAAGGAAAUUAAAAAUAAUAAAGAAGUAAAGGAAGUUAAAAAGGAAAUCAAAAAAGAGUCUUUGACUAAACAAGUCAAAAAAGAUACCAAAACUGAAACGAUAGUGAAAAAAGAAUUAGUUAAAAAAGAUAUUACUAAGGAAGUAAAGAAAGAUAAUAAAGACAUAAAAAAAGUUGUAAAAAAAGAUAAAGAAAUCAAAGUAGAAAAGCCUUUGGUAAAAGGUGAUAAAGCAUCUGACCUAAAAUCUGCUACGAAGAAAAUUGAUUCUGCAUCCAAUGCACUCAAAACAGUCGGGGAAAUAAAGAAAUCAACAACUGUGAAGAAAACAACUACGACGACUGUGAAAAAAGAUAUCGGUAAACCACCCGUUGUGCCUAAAACAAAUGAAGUUAAGAAAACUGCCCCUGUCAAAACAUCAGACGCAAAAGUAUCGAAAGAUAAACCAAAAACAACAGAUUCUAAAUCUGUCCCUAAAACUAAGCCGAAAACCCCAUCUACUACUCCAAAAACUACCCCGAAAGCUAAACCUUCUGCUGUUUCCACACCUGGAGGUAAAGUGACUAAAGCAGUUGCUGCAAGUUCCGUCGUCGCCUCUGUAGUUGCUGUCACCGCUGCUGCAGUUGAAUUGAAUGAAAAACAGGACGAAGUUGUUGAACCUGAAGCCGUAGCUGCUGUACAAGAUACCAAAGUGGAAGACAUAAAAGAAGUUAAUAUCGCUGAGAAAACAGAGGAAGAAAUGCGUGCAUCACCUUUGCCGCUGGAAGCUUCAUCUCCCACACCUUCCGAUUCGGUAUCUUUGACACCUUCAGAUACACUGUCUUCAGCUCCAUUAGAAACAGUGUCUCCAACGCCUCCUCUUGCAAAUGAACCAGUGUCAAUGGAAGAAAAAGAAGUCAACGAAAUCAAAGAUUUUGAACAAGAUCCUAUUCCUUACGAAACGGAAGCCGAGAUUAAUCAUAAGAACGAUGAGGCUGAUGAGCCAAAUAUGAUUGAAUUGGAACUAGCUAAGAGAGCUCAACUUAAUGAUGCAAUGAGUACUUCCUUUGUCGGUGGGAAUGACUUCGACGAAAUGGCUAAUGAAGAAAUUUUACACAAAGAUGAAGCUGUUAAAGAAGAAACAAUGCCCAUGAACUUUUCCAUUCCUGAUUAUGGACACAAUGAAGAAAUUAAACAUGACUUUCAAGGAACAGCUGAAAAAGACAAUGAAUACAUGGAAGAUUUAGAAUCUAAGGAAAUAAAUGCGGAAGAUCCUCUUGCACAAAUGACGAUGGAAGGAAGUUUCUGUGCUGGAAUGAUAUCAAAUGAGCGAGAAGGCUUUAAUAUUGAAAAUAACGAGUUGCUGGGUGGGGAAGAAAACGAAAUUAAUGAAAGUGUCAUCUCAUCCGAAAUGCAUAUGACUUCAAAGGAGGAGAUCAUUCACGAAAAAUAUGAUGAAAAGGAAUCCGUUUCACCAAAGUACGAUCAUGAAGAAGCCCACGAAGUUGAAUAUUCCGAAAAAGAUAUUCAACAAAUGAUGAGCCAAAGCAUGCAUGAAGCAUAUUCUUCACAAGAUGAUCAACUGAAUGUUGAAGAACUUCAUAAAUCGGAGUUGAAGUACGAAGCUUAUGAACCACAAGAAAAGUGUGAUGUUCCCUAUGACACUAAUGCCCUUGAAGCCGACGAACAAUACAAAGAAAUUCAACAACAUGGCGAAGAAAAAUUUAAUGAACACGAUAUCAUUCAUUCAGACGCACAAGAUCAGGUUACUGCUGCUGAAAAUGUUUAUGAAGAGACUUCAAGAUUUGAAGAGAAGAAAAAUCCGUAUGAAGAACGAUACUCUCAAAUUGAAUCUAUGUAUGAACAAGUAGGUUGCGAAUCUUUUGAUCGAGCUCAAAAUAUAAUAGAUGAUUUGGAAAUGCAAGAAAGUUCCGUCGAUGAGCCCGAAGAAAUCGUAAGGAGAGAAUCUUCUGUCUCUAUAACUUUCAAUGAUGAAGCACCAGAAGGCAUUUACGAUGAUAAAUUGCGAAGAAAGAGUGGAACAGAAUCAGAAGACGAUGUUGAUAUCCAGAAUUUCAUGUCAAAAGAAACUAAGAGCACCAUUGACCAAAGCAAACUUUCUGUCCAGCAACAAGAUUCCGAAUCAGAUGAUGAAGAUGUAGUGAAAAGCCCAACGCCUCAUGCCGUUGUCGAUUAUGAAGGUAAUUUAGAUCAAUGUACUCUUGGAGCCAAAAGUCAUGAUUCCGACAAAGAAUUUGAAGUGAUUUCAGAAGACAAAGUUCUGUAUUCGUCCGAAAAGCAGGAUUUUGAUGAAAAGGAUCGAGAUUCUGCUGAAGAAUCGGAAGACGCUGAUGAUGGGGAAAUGAUCAGGCAUCCAACGCCUCCACACCAGAAAUACAGUGAGGAUGAAAUGCGUGAUCCAAUAGGCCAACAUUUUAUCACUACUCCAAAUCUAAUAGCUCAAGGAUCUGGUAUUUCAGAACAACCAUUGUACGAGGAAGCUGAAGAAGAUGGUUCUGAAAUGUCUCAUAGCCCUGUGGUUGAGCAGCCGAUUUUUGGGAAUGCAGUUGAAGCUGAUUUUCCUGAACUAGUAACUGUUUCAGGAGGAACAACACCAUCAGAACCACAAUCGCCCAAAGCGAAUUUCGAUUCUAAGAAACUAGCAACUGAAGCCGGAAUUAUGGAGGCUUUGAGCGAGCACGAUAUUUCUGAAAGUUCUACUCAUAGCCCUUCAUGCCAGGAAGGUUCAACCGCAUUUGAGUUGCCAAUUUCCGAAAAGAACACUCUCGAGGAUGAAAACAUUCAAUCUAUUUCAAGUGAUCGUGUGUCAGAAAUAAAUGCAUCGGGAUUCACAACUUCAGAUAUUCAUUUUAAGGAUGAUCAGGAUAUUAGUGACAUUCAUUCAGAUAUGAAACAAGAAAAGUCAUCUAGUGAAAAGGCUGAUGCACCUUCUGAUGAUGAAUCUUGUAGCGAUAAUGAUAAAUCUGAAUCUCAUAGUGAAGGUAAGUCUGACGUCGAGGGUGAUGAUAAGUCAGAUAUACCUCACGAUAAGUCUGACUGUUACGGUGAUGAUAAAUCCGACCAUCAGCAUGAUGGGAAACCUGAUGCCUUUGAUGAUGAGCAAGUAGAUCAUAGAUCUGAUGCCUGUGAUGAUUAUCAGUUUGAGAAAAAAGAUUAUGAUGCGUGCAUUCCUCCUAAAGAUUUCGAGCAUCAAGAUAUUCAAAAAGAUUCUCAUUUAAAUGCUGAAUCGGACUACCAUUACGACAGUAAAUCAUGCGCCCAGCAGCAAGAUGAAACUAAUGAAGAAGGAGAAAGGAGUUCAAAGAUGCAUGAAGACACAAAAUAUAAUGAUCUUCAUGCCACCGAAAUGCAGUCUGAAAGUUCCAUUUUACAGAACAUUCAAUCAGAGUAUCAGGGCACUUAUUGUGAUUUGCAAGAAGAUAACAAAUCUGACGUCGUGGAAGACACAAAGGAUUCACGUGACGAGUGUCACGAUGACAUUGAAACAGAUUUUUAUAGCAAUAAAAGCAAUUUCAAUGAAGAAACGAGUAAUACUAUUUCUGUUGAACAGCAUGGUAAACCUAGCGCUGCAGAUUACAUCUGCAAUGAACCAUCCUGUGACAGUACUACCUUCAAUGAAAAUUUGCAAUCUACUGGAUACAAUUUCGGCGAAGACACAAAUAUUGCAUCUCAUGCAGAAGUACCAGAGAUUCCUGAUCAAGAACCAAUUAGUGUUCAGGACAUAAAGGUUGAUGUCGUCGAAGAUAAAUUUCCCGGUCUGACUCAAGAAGCUGAAUUUGCUGUUGGACAUGAAAAUUUGAUAGUGCAUCCUAAUGAAAUGUAUACUGAGGAAAGAAUAAUGAGCGGUGAUGAUUAUCAUUAUUCCUACUCGGAAAAAGAAACUACAGAAAAUAUUUUUGAAAAUCAAAACCUUGGCACUCCGGCUGAAUUUUCUUCUGAAAAGCUUUCAGAGGAGGAGAAGUAUGGAAAAUUGCCUUUCGAUCAGCACGAGAAUGAAACAUAUAGAGGUCAUGUAGAUCUUCAUGAAGAUAUUAGUCCUCAACAUGUUGAAAAUUUAACUGUGAUAGAAAAUAAAAUUCUUUCAGAAACUACAGAAGCACAUCAGUAUGAAGUUUUGUCUCAGUACGAAGAGAAUACAUGCACUUCUAACCAAGUUUACUCUGAGACCUCCUCAUCUAAAAAUAUUCUAUCUGAAGAAAGCCACUACGAAGUACAAAAUGUGUACGAAGAACAAACACAUGAAGAUGAUGCCAACUUCAAUUACGUUAGUCAGGAAACUAAAGCGUUUACCUCCGACUAUUCCUACCAAUAUCCUUUAUCAGCUAAUGAUAGCAAUUCUCAGCCCAGUGAAUACGCUUACCAUGCCGAAGUUGAUUCUUAUGCCAUUGGAAAAGAUUUCGAAUCUAACUUUCAUAAGAAUAAUGGCUUAGAAACGGACUUUCACACUUAUUCAGAAUCCAAAGAAAUCAUAAAUUCUAAUGAUCAAUCUCAUUAUGCACCCAGUGAGGGUUAUUUAGAAUCGUUUUCGACAAAACCCUUCUCAAGUGAAAUAUUAACUGAUGUUCAUGAAGAUGAGAAAGCAUUUAUUGGCGCUGAGAAAGUUAUGGAGGACAUUGCACAAAGUGAUUAUGGUGAUGCAGUGCAUUCCGUGUCCGAAAUGGUUUCUGAAAAAAAUCAUUCUGAUUAUGAGUUUUCGGAAAGUACUCGACAAGUGGUUACAGAAACUUCUUCUUUCACGAAAGCUUAUGCAGUGGAAACUGAAAAUUCAGAACAUGAGGCAAAUUAUGCUGCUAACAGAUUUCAUUCCGAUUCUCCUGAAGAUAACGCAAUGAGAACGGAUUCAUCGCCGGAAAUCCCGUAUCCUCUAGAGCCUAAUACUGAGUUUACCGAGCUGAAAAAUUCCGUAUUACUCGAAUCUCAUGGUGUUCCGUUCAAUCAAAUGAAGGAAGAUUUUCCAAAUUUAAACUUGCCGAAUGCAGGAACUGUUCCAUUGUCUCCCAAUAACCAGACACGAAAUUCCAAUCGAGAGACCCCUUACGAUGAGUCGUCUGACGAGGAGGAUAGUUCUUCUUUGCCAGGUACUGUCUCCCCCUACGCUUACACCAACAAAGCUUAUACGCGUGAAGAAGAAGAUAUCGACGGCAAUCAUUUGUAUAAAGAAUCGAUAGCUCUUGAGCAAUCUAACGAAGUUAUAAAGCAGGUAGAGUUUGACGGAAACAAUCCUCAAACUUUGAGCACCACUACUCAUCAAGUUACAGGCUUUACUCAGGGAUAUCAAGAAGCUCCAUAUUCAGCGGAUAACAAUUAUGAUUUUCGUUUAGAAGAAUGGGGAAAACCAAUGGGUCUUCCCACUCCUCCAGAUAGCUCAGAAAAGAAGUCUGUCCUCAAAAAGAGUGGACUAAAAUCCACUGGCAAGGCCGCUCCAGAUUCCAGAGCUUCCCUCGAUAACGGCAAGGCCUAUUCACCGUCUGUUGCUUCUAAAUUGUCUUCCCCACUCAAGAAGCCCAAGCCUAAAUCAAAAGAAUCUAGUAGCUCUCACGUCUAUGUAGAUUUAGCUUAUGUUCCUCAUCACGGCGACCCCCAGUACUGCGAUGUCGAGUUCUUCAAGAAGAUCCGCGCGCGGUACUACGUCUUCAGCAGCAUCAAUCCCAGCAAAGAAGUCCUCAACGCCCUAUUGGAAGCCAAAAAGUCAUGGAACGAGGACCUAGAUGUCACCAUCAUACCCACUUACGAGACGGAUACAUUGGGCUACUGGAUGGCUCAAAACCAGGACGAUUUAGCUGAAUACUCUAUUGAAGUUGCUCCAUCAGCUAGCCGGUGCACUGUUAAUCUUCAAGACCAUGAAACCAGCUGCGCCGCCUACCGCCUAGAGUUUUAAAAAGGACAUCUCGGAGUUUUGAUUGCUUUGUGAAUGGGUGCUUCUUUAUCAGCUUUCAUCUUCGAGAAAGUAUUAAAUCAAAUCAACUGGUCAAUUAAAAAGGGAAAAAAAUGUCUCGCCAGCAAGGGAUUUUAUUCCUGAUUUCCUUUCACCCUGUGAACUUGGAUUUUACCUCAUGACAAAAAUCGAAUUAGGCUUUUUAAAGUUUUAUAUUUUAAGGUUUUUUUCAAAGUAGAGUAUAGUCAUGUUAUGAGUAUCAAACAUAAAAGACAAAUUCAUGUUUUUUUUAAAGAUAAACUUUGCUUUUUUUAACUACUUAAAUGUCUUUCGCGGUAUUGUUACUUUGCCCUUGUACUCUACCUUGAACAAUACCAUUUAGUGCCUAAUUGAAAAGUGAGAAAAUAAUAUAAAUUAGAAAUUUACACUAUAAAUUAUAAAAUAUUUAUUUCUUAAUAUUACCAAGAUCUCUUUCUACUACUGUUUAAUUUCAGAAAAAUGUUUAAAAUAUUAUUUAGAUUACAGAAAAAGUGUAUUCCUAUAAAAAUGCCUGAUACAUGCUUUGAAGGGAAAAAAAAAACACAUGAGCGUUAAUGUUAAAUUCAGGUAUUGAAAAUAUUUUAUACUUGUAAGCGAAUUAUCUGUGUACAAUCUAAAUUAUAAUCGUAAAGCACUAACUUUCAUAAAUAUUUAACAUUUUUAAUGAUUUACGUUUCAACUGAGUUUCAACUCUUGUUUGAGUGGACAGGAAAUUCUUGCAGCUCUUAGAGAAAUUGGUUUUUUACGAAAUAUUUUCAAUAUGAAGCAGCUUGUGAUAGAUAAUGAUUUUUUUGAAACAAUGUCUUGGACAAAGUGAUCAUGUUUGAUUAAAAAGUAUAGUUGCACAAUAAUGCUAAAUAUAUAGUAAACAAGAUAUAUAUCCAAUGAAAAAGGAUUUUCUUUCAUUGCCUAAAGUGCUAACCACUCACCAUUUUUCCGUUAUUUAAAUUAAAUAUUUUCAUUAAUUAUAAAUUAAUGAAAUUAAAUUUAUUAAUUAUUAAAUUUAUUUGUUUUAAUGAGUAUUUUAGCAUAAAACUUCAUUGCUUAGUCCAAAUAUUUUGCAUAAUCAAUUUUUCAUGUUCUUUGUUUUGAUACGUCGUGUGUUGUUCCUGUAAUGCCUGAAUUAAAUCGGAGCAUUUUUUUCCACACAUUUUUUCAAAGAUAAGUAUACUUGGUCCCAAGUUACGAGGAAUGGACUUUUAUUUGCCCUUUAUCCAACUGUUGUAACAGUUAUACUGUUGCAAGCGAUGGAGUUUUAACUACUUCAGUUUAGGCAAAGGAACUGCUUUAUAGUUAAGAAUAUACUAUAAAAACAGUGCUAAGCAAUUAAAUGUGUUUCGGGACCAGAAGUGUUUUUUUACAUGUUUUUUUUUUCUUUCGUUAGCGAGAGAAAAAAAAUCUAAUAUUUGAUUUCUUUUAAUAUAAAUUAGGAGAAAUCAUUUUGUCGCCAAUUUUAUAACUUACAUUCUGAUUUUUUUUAUUCCAAGAAUUUAUCACUUUUAUAAAAAUUUUGAAUUCCAUUUAUUUCAUUAUCACUCACUGGCUUUUAAAGGUUCAGUAAAUGUUCAUUAUUUUAUAUACGAUUCAUUCGUACUGUUCGCUUUAUUUUUCAAUUCACAUUCAUAAAUUAGCUUCAGGACAACAUAAGAAAAUACCAAAAGGUAUUCGAUGAGCAUAAUGUACUAAUAUUUAGUUAAAAUUUUAAAUGAAACAAUUUCCAUCUUAUUUUCUUAUUUCAUCGUGCAAGUAAUUAACCUACUGAAUUUAUUCCAACUUACAAAAUUUAGAGUUUGUGCAUAUUUUUAUAUUCAUAAAAUCAUUAAUUGUGGUAUUUUUUGUCUGCUUACUACUGAAUAAUUCUGUUCCUAAAUUGCUUUGAAAUUAAUUCACUUAAAAAUUUGUAUUUAUCUGCCUAUUUUUGUUCCUUAUACUUUUGCUAUAUGUUUGGUUUUAGUACUAGUCACGUACGCUUUUUAGCCACAUUUAUUUUUCAACUGGUAUUGUGUUUUAUUCACCUAAAAUAAUUUUUACGUCAUCAAUUCAUUAAAUCAUUCAAUAGUUUAAAACUAAAAUGCAAAAUGAAGAAUUAGAGUAUUUAUAUUUUAAUUAUAUACUUGUUUCAUACAAUUGCCAGUUUUUCUCUCGAUAGUUUUGAAAUGUACACUCAAUAUUUUCCUUGUAACCAAAUUUGGAAGCCUUUUUUAAAAAAGCAAAACAAAUUAAUAUGUGUUCCACUUAUAAUAUAACAAGUAUUUUUCUUAACAUGAUUCCCUUUAUUUAUUAUUUAAAUUAUUACUGUUUCUUUAUCUACUUUCAGUAUUUUUAUAUAGAGAAGAGUAUCAUUAAAGUAGAUUUUGUAAGAGCAUUAUAAUGUCAGAAGAUUUGAGUAAAUAGACACAUAGCAUAGUUGAAAUAAUCAACCUGGAAGUCUACCUAGUUAAAUUAACUCGAAAAUAUACUAUUAUAUACCAAUUAAAACUUGCAGGGGUUCUUUAUUUUUACUAAAAUUUUAUAUUUUGUAUAUUAAUUAUUUUUUACAAAUGAAUACAGCUGUUGAAAGUAAAUAACAAUCAUCGUACCAAAUUUUAUCACUGAUAAAACAAUCCACCGACUUUUUAAAAUACAUCGUCUGCAAAUGACUGUUUUGCACAGCUUUCGCACUGUGAAUGUGCGUUGGACCGUUUCUUUGCAAUUCAGAAUUACGUCGUUAGAAUGUUUUGAAUUAUUAGCGUGGUUUGGGUAAAUUAUUUUCGAAUUUGAUAUCUUUUAAAUUUUUUACAUAUACAUUUACAUUUUUUAACCUCUUUAAUAACAGCAUUGAACCCCUUACUUGGAUGUCACCUUUAGAGAGAAUCACUGUCAUUUUUUGAAACCUUGUUAGUUAAAAACGGCACAAAAUGGUAGGUAUAACUGUUGGAAGUGUGUCUAGAACGUGAUUUUUGUUUCCCGUUUUUUAUAAGGAUGUGUAUUCGAGAGUGUGAACGGAGAAAGAGUUUAUUUCGGAUCUAUUUAUAAGCAUAAAAAUGCGCAACAGAAUUCUGAAAACCGAACAGCAUGAAGUUUGUCGUUCUAUGAAAGACCCAUCUUUCUGCCGUCGAAGAAAGAAUUUGUGACAAAUUUAUUUUUAACAAAAUCUUUUUGAAACAUUGCUAGUUUCAUAUCAAAUUUACUUUCGUUUUCAGCAUUCUGUUGGCGGCAUUUUUUGCCUCUAUAACGAUCAUGAGCUUUAGGACUGUGCUGUUUCCAUCAUAUUUCCCCCCUGCUAGCAAAAAAAAACAUUAGAAUAAAUCUAUGUCCUGCUAUAGUGUGGCCAGAUCAAAACGUUUUAAUCGCUUUUGAGCAAUUUAUAAUUACUGCAAAUUGUAAACUGUAGUUUCAUAGGAGUCGAAAUAACUUAAAUUCACGCAGUAAGUAUGCUGUCUGCUGCCCAGAGCUAGAACCUAUUGUGUUGCUAGACUUCGUAAACAAUACUGUUAUGAGUAUAUGUGCUUAUUAAGUCACUUGUCUGAGAGUAUUCAUCUUGCAUCGUUUUUACUUAGUUUAGAAUGACGAGAAUGUUAUUUGAUUGCAAAAUUACGACCCAGAUUUGGUAUGAAAAUUAUUUGUAUUUCAAACUUUUUAUACUGCAAUUUAUAUUUGCCAAUGUGUUCUAAAAUUGUGCGCAGCUAUAAAUAAAUUUAAAUGUUAAUCAUAUUUUUAAAUGUUCAUUGAAUCAUAUUAUUCUCAGACAUUUGAUUAUCACCUCAACAUUUUUUAUAAUGAUUGCAUUCAAGUUCCUCCAACUGGAUCUAUCCUGAAUUACGUUAAUCAAUUGUUAAUUGCACAUCUUGAACUGCAAAUCCCUGUUCAUAUUUUGCUUCUUGUAUUAAUGCUCUGUGGGCUCUGUGAUGUGUGUUGGCGCGUAAAAUUACACGCGGCCCAGAAUGUAAACUGUACGUUGUUGAAUAAAAUUCAGUGUAAUACACUUAUAAUUCAUG